AUGGGCUUUGAGGGUGAGAAAGUUGGAGCUACCAAAAGCGACCUUGAGGAGGAGAAUGAGGAUGAGGAGGAGGAGGAGGAGAAGAAGGAAGACGCCGAAGAGAAAGUAAAGCAAGAGCGACUGGCAGAAUUGGAGAAGAAAAAGGCUGAAAUCCUGAAGAAUGUCACAACUUCAGUGAAUGUUGUUCAAGCGCCGCAGUGA